CGAGUUCAACCGAUUGUGACAAACCAUGCUCGAGGACACAGCCAGCGGAAAGGUAUCUGAACUUCCUGUGAACAUACCAACAUCGCGUGCGUGUUUCACAGUUAGUCAACAAAGGCCGAUAAGCACCCAGCCGAGAGAACAUUUACGGAAAAGGGCGAGUUCAACCGAUUGUGACAAACCACACCCGAACACACAGCCAGCGGAAAGAUGGCGACCGCCGGGCUAGAGAAGAAAGUAAAGGAUAAUUUCCUGACGUGCUCCAUCUGCUUCGAGAUGUACACAGACCCGUGUACACUGAAGUGUGAUCACACAUUCUGCAGGAAAUGUGUCACCUCAUACAUCCAAACCAGACCUGAUGCUGUACAGUCCAAGACCAUCCCCUGUCCCUGCUGUCGACAAGACACCAAAGUCCCCUACCCAAGCAGUCCGGUGGAGGAGUGGGCGGGGCAGAUCAAACCCAGCAUCAUUAUACAGGGGCUGAUUGACGCCUAUAGGUCCGAGGUGGCUGUGCCAGGGACCUCAAGCACCUGUUGUAUGAUCUGUCAGCAACUAGGGGAAACAACUCCAGGGGUCUUGUGGUGUCCUGAGUGUGAAGUGGUCCUCUGCGACAAAUGUGUGAAGAUACACCGGGUGACCCCUAUUUCACUGAACCAUGACCUAUGUGAUCUGUCGUCUAAGUCAAAGGUUAAACGGAGGAUCAAGUGCACGGAACACAAGAGUAACCAUGUAGAGUUCCACUGUCAAGACUGUGGGAAGGCUGCCUGUCAGACAUGUUGUAUCAUCUACCAUAGAGCUUGUAAGACUGUCGUCACCAUUGAGUCUAUGAAGCCAGGGAUGAAGGCAGCACUGAUGGAGAAGAGACUUGGCAUGGAGAAGAGACUGAAAGUGAGGUCGAAGAAAGUAGACAUACGAAACGAGAAGCUCCAAAGUAAUUCUAGAAUCACAGAGUCAGCUGUUCAAAAUAUUAGAUUGAUCUGCCAGACAGCCAUUAACAAGAUUAAACAGAAAGAAACACAACUCUUGGAUGAACUGAAUAACAUAUCACAGACAUACGCCGACCAACUCCAAGCUGAUGUGAAGCUGGAAGAGAUCGAGAUGCAGAUGUACAGACAACAUUGUGAGUUCAUUGACCAGGCCUUGUUAUCGGACUGUGAGAUGGACCUGUAUGACGCGUAUCAUGCCUGGGAGUCUGGAGCUGUAGAGAUGGAGGAUGUCAGGGAUACAGAGGCAGCAGACAUCCGGAGAAUAGAUGACAUCAGGUUUACACCUGACACUGACAACGUCCUGAAGGUCUUAGAUAACCUGCAGUUGGGGGAGAUUGACGUCACAUACCAGCAUCAGGAGCAAUGUCUGCCAUCUCCAGUGCUGGUUGACAGGAUAGAUGGGAGGGUGGCGGGUGAUGAGGAGGAUCCUUACCUACAAGACGUGACAGUUCUGGUUGUAGAUGGUGUACAGGCAUGUGUUGUUACGGACUAUAAUAACAACUGUGUGAAAUCUUUCUUCACAAGAAAGAAUCAUUCAUGCCAUAGUAAGCUUCCCCUGGAAACGUCUCCUAAAGGGAUGACACAGUCGAAUGAGAAGCAGGUGAUGUUUGCUGUCCCUGAAUCCCUUCAGAUUUUAAGAAUAGAAGUGACCCCUGACCUGGUGCUGCUCUCAGCCAUCACAACACGUUCCGGAUACUACAGUCUGGCUAUUCUGAAUCCUUCCUGUCUAGCAGCAGGUACUUGGGACUGUGUGGAUAUCCUGGACAUUGCUGGACACGUGUUGAGGUCAAUCACUACAUACAAUGGCGACUCACUGUUUUCCGACCCCUGGUUCAUGUGUGUCAACAACAAGGGCAACCUACUCGUGUCUGACUGGGGGAAGAAGUCUGUGACAUGUCUGACGUCAGAGGGAGAUGUUGUGUGGAUAUACGCCCCUACUGGAGACAGAACACACACCAUCCCUCGUGGUAUCACAACUACCAGCACAGGAGACAUCCUGCUUGUAGACAGUGACAUGUACAAAGUGAUACAGUUGACAGAGGCGGGGGAGUUUGCCAGGGAACUGCUCACAUUAGAAGAUGGCUACACCAAGGUCCCCCACCCCAGCAGGCCGGUGGAGGAGUGGGCGGGGCAGAUCAAAGCCAGCAUUGUGAUACAGGGGCUGAUUGACACAUAUUGGUUCGAGGAAGAUGUGCAAGGUAAAAGACCUCGAGCCUGUUGUACGAUCUGUCAGCAACUAGGGGAGACAACUCCAGCGGCCUUGUGGUGUCCUGAGUGUCAAGUGGUCCUCUGUGACAAAUGUGUGAAGAUACACCGGGUGACACCCAAUUCACUAAACCAUGACCUGUGUGAUCUGUCGUCUAGGUCAAAGGUCAAACGGAGGAUCAAGUGUACGGAACACAAGAGUAACCGUGUCGAGUUCCACUGUCAAGACUGUGGGAAGGCUGCCUGUCAGACAUGCUGUAUCAUCUACCACAGAGCUUGUAAGGCUGUCGUCACCAUUGAGUCUAUGAAGCCAGGGCUGAAAGCAGCACUGAUGGAGAGGAGACUUGGCAUGGAGAAGAGACUGACAGUGAGGUCGAAGAAAGUAGACAUAAGAAACGAGAAACUCCAAAGUAAUUCAAGAAUCACAGAGUCAGCUGUUCAAAAUAUUAGGUUGAUCUGCCAGACAGCGAUUAACAAGAUUAAACAGAAAGAAACACAACUCUUGGAUGAACUGAAUAACAUAUCACAGACAUACGCCGGCCAACUCCAAGCUGAUGUGAAGCUGGAAGAGAUCGAGAUGCAGAUGUACAGACAACAUUGUGAGUUCAUUGACCAGGCCUUGGUAUCGGACUGUGAGAUGGACCUGUAUGACGCGUAUCAGGCCUGGGAGUCUGGAGCUGUAGAGAUGGAGGAUAUAACCUGCAGUUUGGGGACAUCGACGUCACAUACCAGGGACACAUGUCUGUCAACUCCUGUGCUGGUUGACACGAGAGAUGGGAGGGUGGUGGAUGAUGAGAAGCCUAAUCUAUGUGAUAUGAUAGUCCUGGUUGUAGAUGGUGUACAAACAUGUGUUGUUACGGACUUUAAGAACAUGUGUGUGAAAUCUUUCUUCACAAGAAAUAAUCAUUCAUGCCACAGUAAACUUCCCCUGGAUAACACUCCAAACGGGAUAACACAGUUGAAUGAGAAGCAGGUGAUGGUUGCUGUCCCUUUAUCCCGUCAGAUUGUAACGGUAGACGUGAUCCCUGACCUGGUGCUGCUCUCUACUAUCAAAACACGUGCCGAAUACUACAGUCUGGCUGUUCUGAAUCCUUCCUGUCUUGCAGCAAGUAGUAACGACUGUGUUGAUAUCCUGGACAUGUCCGGACACGUGUUGAAGUCAAUCACUACACACAAUGAUGACUCACUGUUUGCCCGCCCCUGGUACAUGUGUGUCAACAACAAGGGCAACCUACUUGUGUCUGACUGUGAGAAGAGGUCUGUGACAUGUCUGACGUCAGAGGGGGAUGUUUUAUGGAGAUACAACCGUACCGGAGACAAGGCACUCGGCCAACCUUUUGGUAUCACAACUACCAGCACAGGAGACAUCCUGUUUGUAGAAUGGAACACAGACAAGGUGAUACAGCUGACAGAGUCGGGAGAGUUUGUCAGGGAGCUGCUCACGUUAGAAGAUGGCGAUCAGACAGGCAUGCGCGAUAUAUUCUGUGAUAAAUACGGUUUCUUAUUUCUAUGCACAGACACGGAAGUGAAAGAGUACAUGUUUGUCUGACAUAAAACAAAAGAAUGAAAGUCAGUGCAGAGCUGUGGUUUAUGACAUUCUGUGCAUGGUGUUCGUCUGGAAUGGCUUGUGUCUUCACCAAAACGUAUGGGCAUAGCUUUGUCAGUGAAUUGCAGACAUGCAAUAUUCAAAUAGGUCAUUUCCAGCAAGAAGUGAAAUAGUCCACAUGAUCACCAGGUGAAACAUGUAACAGGUGCAAAAUACUGUAUUUAUUUUGGUAUUGUCUUGGUGUUUGGCUUUAAUUAUGAGCUUUAAAAUAUUAAUUUCAUAAUGAUGUGGGGACCCUCAGGACUACUCAUUUGGAGCCUUGCCACCUAUGUAAGGAUAGUUCACAGUUCAUAUUUUAUACCAACUGUGCUGAUUGGCCCAAAGUUUAUGAAGAAGCCUUGAAACUUCUCAUUAGCUGUAAGUUGCUGCUCAAGCUUUUCAUGCAAGGCAAGAUGCUCAGUAUUUGUCAUUCUGGCUGGCAACUUCAUCAGGGACACAUGUUUUGGUCUUGAAGUAACUGAAGGUUAGUUUUAUGUAUUAUAAUGUAUUUUAUUAAGGAUAAACAGUACAAAAAUAUUUCAGUUGGUUUAUGGUGUUUUAAAGAAAUGUUGAAAGUAUAUGGAAUGUUGAGCUAAAAUACUUUCCAAUAUCUUGGUGAUGUAUUUGUGCAAAACAAUUUGCAUUGCACUUGUGAUGUAUUUUAUACUAGUGUUUUGCAUAACAUUUAUAAUUUUAAUAUUGUGUUUAGAUAUACUAGUGAAGGCGUUCUGAUGAAGCACCAGCCAUUUGAUUCAGCCCAUAGCUGGUAAUUAUGUGUAAUUUGGUAGUUUUAUCCAUAAUGCUAUUUUCAAUAAUUAUAAUAGCUGUCACUGGCCACAUGUAUAUUUAUUUAAUGUUUCUGUAAUGUUCCUUAAAUAGUAAGUUAUAUUUAUUUAAUGUUUAUGCAAUAUUUAAAGAUUACUUUGUAUUUAAAUGUUAUAAUCUGUGACACACGUACAUGUGCUAUAACAUAUUGCAGAAUUGAUCGCGAGUGUGUACCACUACAUCUGGCUGGAUUAAAUAAAGAACUCUGACCUA